CGAGGCCGCCGGUUCAGUAAGAUUGCGCCGAUCGUGUGGAUUUUCGGGCCACUGCGUGAGCGUGUGUGCGUUAGCGCAGCAGCGUGGAGAGAAAAGGAUUCACCAAACCCACCCCGUCGUCGUCGUCGUCGUCGUUGUUGUUGUUUGUUUUGUGUUGUCGAUCGGGGUGUCGAUCGAGCUGUUCACCUUUUUGGCGAUCGCUCAGUGCCGCCACGGAUCGCGCCCCGUUCGGUUGUAGUGCGUGAACCGCAAAACGGGCGACCGAUGAUGCUGAGGUGUGGUUGAUCGAGAAAUCGAGCAUCGAGAAAGGCUGACGGUGACUGUGAUACUACUAGUGCUCGAUGAUACUAGUGUGGUGGAAGUCAAGUGGAAGUGUUGUCUAGAUAAGUAAUCCGCUGGCUGGUGACUUGCCAAAAAGUGAACAAUGAAUUCCGACAUGAGGACAUUCCGACUGCUGGCCCUGUGCGGUGUUGGUGCGCUAGUGCUCCUUACCACGGCGCUACUCGCCCCAGCGGAAGCCAACUUUAUCACUUACGUCGACGAUUCUGGCGAAAAUCUACCAGACGAUUACGUACUCGAUGAUGAGCGGCGAGUGAAGAAGGUACGGCCGCAGGAUUACAACGAAGCGCUCGAUCGGCUGAUCGCUAACGCGCUCAAUACGUCCGAACCGGCCAGGAACAGUACGGUGGCCCCCAAUGUGACGUACUCGAGCGUUCCGCCAAGUAUCGCCUGCAUCGGCGCCCGCAAGCCUCAGCAUAUACCGUCGAUGGGCCGGCUGACGGUGCGUAAAUGUUGCCCAAGGGGACAAUCGUUUCAUCGGCUCAGCAUCACCACCUGCCACCCGAUGGAUCCGUUCGAGCUCGGAUCUACCCGCUUUACGCUGCUGGCCCGCCAGCUCGAUUACUACGGAGCGGGAUGCCACGAGUAUGGCAAGUAUCUGCGCUACAACGUCACGAUCGAUAAGAAGUGUGUUGGUCAAAGGUUGAUAUUCAACGAUCGCGGCACACAGAUGAUGCUGAUCCAGAAUGGUUCGCUGGUGGUGACGCGCGGCGAUCGGAUCGAGUUCUACGAUGACUUCUGCGUCGAGGAAACCGGUAAUAUGGUUCUGGCGGCGCACAUCUGCGAGAUUGCAGCCCAGCAGGAGCUAUUCUCCGGUUGGCUCGCAACCGUGACGAUCGUCGUGGCGCUGGUCGCUUCGGCCGUGACGAUCCUGGCCUAUCUGUUCGAUCGUACCCUUCCUCACCGCUAUGGACCGUUGAUUGGAAGUCAUGCCGGAUUCCUUGCGUUGGCCAUCAUCGUCGAGCUGCUGCUAGUCACAUUCCGGGAAGAUGAUUAUCGACCGAUAGUGGAGGUACUGAUUGAGAUCUCGUACGCACUGUUCCUGCUGUUCUGUUCGAUCCUGUUCUUCUCCUCGGCCACCGGAACGACCAGCAUCAACUACCGGUUGCUGUUGGUCGUAGUGUUCUGUAUCUCCUUCUGCUCCUUCAUUGCCAUGGCCCUGACGUUCUACUUCGAGAGUGUCCUCUUCCUGACUGUUCUCGCCAGUCUCUCGGGAGCGCUAGCCAUUAGUGGUGCCAACGUGUACACAUCGUUCGGCCGGAACCAUCUCGGGUUUAACAGCAGUGAGAAUCCUUUCGAGAUGAUCAACGAGGGAAGUACGGCCAAGCGGAUGGACCAGCGAAGGGAACUGACACUCGUGUCAACGUUUGCGUGCGCUACACAGAUCAUCGUCUGGAUACCGUACUCGAUGAGCAAGUACUCGUUGCUCUCCGUCCUCGCCUGGAACGCCAUCAUCGUGUGCGUCGUGUUCGUUGGGUUGCGACGUCGCUCGAUUGGACUGUGUAACGUUGGCAAGCGUCUCAAAUCGAUGCAAUCCAACCAGCAACGUCCACCGCUGGCUGUCGGAAGUCCGUACUCCGAGCAGGUGAUGACCCACGAUACGCAAACUGUCCUACCAUCGCAGUUCCCCGACGAGGAUGCCGAGGGAGAAAAUGAAAUGCGCGUCGUGUGAGCCGCUUAUCGUCUGCCGUUCUUCUUCUCAUCUCAUCAACCGCCCUCAGUAUCGUCCUUUCGGCCUCCUUCUGUAGAUAGUGCAGCGGUUGCGAUUUGCGGUUUCGAUAGCAAAAUUCUUAAUUCAAGGUCACCGCUUUUUGGUGACCCGGCGUCAGCGACUCAAACGGCGCACGAAGGCACGGCCAGUGCUGUGUAGCUGCAUAGUGCACAAUACGAAUAAAGCGAUCUACAUUUAAAACGAUACAUACCGAAUCGAAGAGAUUUGCUCCGAUGAGACGAACGCAGAGGCAAGCAGUAGCCUCGCGCUAAUGCUGGAUGCUGGAGAACCGGUUUUUGGCCGGGUGCCGAAAGGGUAACCGGCACUCGCUGACCUUGAAGACAUUCGGAGGGGUUUGCGCAUCUCUUAUCUGAGAAAGUUUUUCGACGACACAUCGCCCGCGUACCUAGCGGAAUGUGGCCAGAAGUUUAGCGGCUUUGCAUAGAUUGGUAGAAGCCGGUGACCGGUUUUUGGUGGCGCAGAAUGAGACGAUAGACCACCAGUUAAGAAGCUGAUAAUGAUGAAUCCAGUUUCUUCAUCGUCGAACGACGUUCACUCUCCUAUCAAUGGGGGGGAUUUGUGGCUGUCUUGUAAUUUAUCGAGUCUAAUAAAAACCCGUUCGUCUAGUGACAGAUUCGUUUUGAUUUAUCGAU